AUGGCCACCAGUGAAGAGUGGCAAUGUCGGAAGUUUGAGAACGGUCUAAGGAGUGAUUUGAAAGUUCUGAUUUCAAGCUUGUGCAUACGAACGUUUCCUGCCAUGGUUGAGAGGGCCAAGGUGUUAGAGAAGAACAUGGCAGAAGCAGAACGACACAAGAAACAACAAACAGUAAGGGGACCGAUCGUCUCAAGGGGAAAUGUCAAUCAGAGGGGAUCUCCUUAUGCUCGUCCAAACCAGCCUUCUCAGACGAGCGGAUCUCAAGCAGUAGUCCCAGUCGGACAGUCUGGGCAGGGAAGUGUAGUUUGUUUUCGGUGUGGAGGACCGCAUUAUAGGUCUUCAUGCCCUCAGUUGGUGGGAGGAAAGUACUGCAACCGUUGCAGAAGGAACGGGCACUUGGAUCACGAGUGCAAUAUGAGUGGGCGUGCAGUGAUGAGGCCGCCCAAUGCUGGAAGAAAUCAGCCAAGGGGAGGACGAGCCCAAGCGAGUGGUCGAGUGUAUGCUAUAACGAGCGCUGAGGCAGCGAGCUCAGGUAACCUUAUAAUUGGUGAAUGCAUGCUGUUUGGUAGAUCGUGCUGUGCCUUGUAUGAUUCGGGGGCAACGCACUCCUUCAUCUCGAAGGCGUGUGUUGAAAAGCUGGGAUUAGAAGUGAGCGAGAUGCAGUUUGAUCUGGUGGUGUCUACCCCAGCAGCUGGCGAGGUUAGGACGUCCACUAUGUGCGUCAAGUGUCCUAUAGAAGUGGAAGGGCGUAAGUUUAAGGUUAGCCUUAUCUGCUUACCUCUUCAAGGUUUGGAGGUGAUUUUAGGAAUGGAUUGGUUGACUGCCAAUCGCAUUCUUAUUGAUUGUGGAGCGAAGGAAUUGAUCUUCCCUGGUGAAGAAGAAGAAGUUCUUUCAGUGACGCUCGGUCAGCUGAAAGAAGACAUUAUGGAGGGAGCCAGCUGUUUUCUCAUUAUGACGCAUGAAGACGGAGAA